ACCAUUUUAUCGUUUCGGACAGUUUAUUUCGUCAAUCCGUGAGCUGAAAAUAUUUUUUCUGUACGCGUUUUCCUCCCUAUUUUUCCACCAUACACACCAUCGUCCGAAGGAAAUCCACCACGAGCCCCGGACUCUCUCAAGCGUGUCUCAAGCUGUAUUUUCGCGACACAGUGCGCGGGGCGUCUGGUGGCGGAGUGCGACUCUCUUGUGUUCCCAUUUAGAUGUGACUUUGCGUUUGAAUUCUCACGACGCUUCGCGAGUGGGGCGCCCCAUUGGGUGCAGAUUUUCAGUGAGACGGACCCCCUUUUUUCCUCCUCAGCAUCGCCAGCGCGCGCGUGUGUGUGUGUUUUGCAUUGAUAUUACCAAAUUAAUGGUAACUUCGCACUGACUGAGGAAUUAAGGACAGGAAGUGAAUUGCGGUGUCUCAGGAAAUGACAAUACUUAAAACUCCCGGCCAAACUUAGGACAGAGGAAGUCUGCGAAAGGAGAAAAGGAGCUACAAUUUUGACAUCUUCACUGCAAUGUCAAGUCGAACUGUGAUCAACAAUUUUGAUUUACUGGCGAUUCUUCAGCCCUGGCGCGAGCAAGGCGGUGAGGAUCGUGAUUUGGCGUGAAGCGUGAGUGGCGAUCGUGGCGGUGGACACGGGCAUGUUUAUUCCAGACUCGCUGAGGAGCUGCAUGAUUGAGACGGACGUCACGUCAUACCUGCAGACACCAUCCUCAGGACAGGAUGAAUUUCAUCCCUUCAUUGAGGCCCUCCUGCCAUUUGUUAAGUCAUUUUCAUACACAUGGUUCAACUUGCAAGCGGCGAAAAGGAAGUACUACAAGAAGCAUGAGAAGAAGAUGUCCCUGGAGGAGGAGAGACACUGCAAAGAUGAACUGCAAAAUGAAAAGGCGGAGGUGAAGCAGAAGUGGGCCUCCAGAUUGCUGGGCAAGCUCCGGAAAGACAUCACGCAGGAGUGCAGGGAGGACUUUGUGCAGAGCAUCACAGGCAAGAGGCAGUCGAUAUGUGUGCUCUCAAAUCCGGACCAGAAGGGCAAGAUGCGGCGGAUCGACUGUUUGCGGCAGGCGGACAAGGUGUGGCGGCUGGAUUUGGUCAUGGUGAUCCUUUUCAAGGCCAUUCCGCUGGAGAGCACGGACGGAGAGCGCCUGGAGAAGAAUCCCGAAUGUACAAAGCCCGGCCUGUGUGUCAAUCCCUACCACAUCAAUGUGUCUGUGCGCGAGCUGGAUCUCUACUUAGCCAACUUCAUCAACACCCACGAACCACUCAGUCCACCGAUCUACAGCAAAAAGGACGACGAAGGCAAGCGCAAAGGUCCGUCGACGUUGCACCCUCGUUCGUCACCUUCACCUCGAUUUAUCUUUCCAGAGUCUCCAUCCACGGGAUUCACCCACAAUCCCUACAAUGGAGUCGUUUGCAAUGACAUCAUCCUCGCCACAGGCGUCUUUUCGUCGCGCGAGCUCUGGAAACUGUCCAAAGGCUCCAUCCUGGAUGACACCGGAGACGGAUCUGGAGCCAUCCAGAGCAAUACUAACAGCAUCAAGAUGGAGAACUCCACGCCUUACUACUGCAACAGCUACAGCCUGGCCUCUGCGGCCCCCACUCAGGGCCCCUCCAUGGUCGUAUCCAGCGGAUACAUUGACCUGGUGGAUCCUCGGGCGAUGCAUCUGUCCAAUUCGCCCCUGCUUAGGGGUCAGAAGAACGAUGCCUGCUCCUCGCCGCCGGACGCUUCGAACAGCUUCCCGGUGAUUCUGAGAUCGGGAGAACAGCUGGGCUCCGCCACAGGCAAUGCACUGCACAACUCCCUUCCCCUGCAGCGCUACUCAGCCCAUCCCAGGCUCGUCACUGUUGGCCAGGCACGUCCAGAUGAUGUGAUGAUGUCUCACGGUGCCAUGGGAACGGCGCCGGCCACGUCGGCUGCGACAGCCUUCUACCAGCACAGUCCCGGAGAUGCGUCUGAAGUGGCGCACGCCGAGCACCACCAGCCAGAGCACGGGCACAAGUAUCCAGAGAAUGGGCACGAUACGCUGUCGGACUUCGUGACGUUCGUCUGCCAGGAGGCCGAGAACUCUCCACAGCAGGUGCAGCAGGUUCUGUCCAGGAGUCCCAAGCCUCAGUACUCGCAGUACAGCUCGAUGUUGCCACCGCCUCCACUCCCGCCCAUGGCGCGUCCCGUAGCCAUUAUCCGGUCCACGGGGGACCUUACGAUGAUCACCUCGCCGCCGUCAUCCAUCACGCCGCCUGUGGCCGCGGCGCUGUCGUCGCCACACCAGGAGCCAGAGUGCGCCACAGCGGCUGAGAUUGGGUCUUCGCCGCCGCUGAGUCCACAGCUGGAGGCGUCGGCCAGGAAGGGACUCACGCGCAUCUCCAGCCCUUACUCAUUGGGUCGGGAGUACGCGUUCAACCACUUCCACAGUCAGCCAACGCAGCUGUUCAGCUACACCGGUCAGACGGCCGCCUCGUCCACCAUGUCGGGCGUGAUCAGCCCCACCAAUCUCAGCCUCUACUCCUCUCCGGUCACCACGCCGCGCACCACCUCGCGCUCUCGCUGGAAUGCGCCCUUCCUGCUGGAGGAGGACUUUGGCAUGAUCACACAUCCGGUGUCCAACAACACGCCCGAGGCCAACACGGUGAUCCUCAUGGAGGAAGAUCGCUUCUUCCAGCAGAGCACAACGUCCGUGGACGUGAUCGACAACACGGGUCACGGGAUCAUUGCGCGCGAUCACGGCGUGACGUCAAUAAACGCCGGCGUGGACGCGAACGUGUCAAAGGGUGAGAACGUGCUCAUCUCGCCCAAAUCUGAAAUUCUGUAGUGCUGCUGAUGGACUCCAGGAGACGCCUAAGGUAAUGUGCCUUAGUUCUAAACACACACACAGUCAUUGAAAUGGGAAAAAAGUGAGAUUUUAAGUGCGCAACGGCGCACAUUUACAACUAUAGUGAAUGACUUUCUUCCAAUAUUUAAGCGCAUGUAAAGAAAAUUGAGGUGUGAUUUCCUCGCGGAAGUGGAAUUGUUAUGUGGUCAACAAUUCUUCGGUGAAAACAAUAAGUUUAUUUGUGAUUCCAUUGAAGAGCAAUAAUUGAAGAGUUUUUAACACAUUAAGUGAGAAACAGCAAAAUACUCUCUGUAGACAAAGAAAAGCUAACUUAAAUACUCAGAAAAAAAAUGUAAUCAAAUAAUCUCCUUCAAUUUGAAACAUAAAACAUAAUUAUAUAGAAAUAAUUUUGUGCUUCCACACUUUGAGAAAGAGAAUUAUUUCAACUCCCCCUUCUUCGUUUCCCUCAAACAAGAAAAAAAACCACUGGUCAAUAGAAUUGAAUGACACGGAGAAGUGAAACUAGAGCUAAUCCUAUAUAAAGCAUUAAAAACUCUACACGAAUUGAGAGAGAUUGUAAAAAUUAUGGUGCAAGAAAAUAUAUUUAAAAUAUAAGUGAAGAAAAAAUAUUACACAAUAACUGAUUAAUAUAUUUACAACAACAAAAAAAAAUCGUAAAAAACCCUAAGGUUUAGAAUUGUUAAAUACGAAUAUUUAAAGAAGGAAAAAAAAUUACACUGUAGACUAUUAACACUUUGUAAGGUAGACUUUACACCUUUAAUUACUCUUUACGGUCCUUUCUUGAGUGAAAAGACGAGGAAACUAUUAAGAUGAAAAGUGGUCAAUAAUUUAGAAUUUUUCGCAUAUAGUUUAAAAAGGAGAAUAAAAAAGAAACGUGGGAAAAAAAACAAUUACCGAAAGGAAGCAUUAAUUAAAAUAUAUAGCCAAAUAUUGCCUUGUAGACUUGGUCAAAAUAUUUAUACAUUAAUAUAUUUCGAAAAGAGGAAGAGAAGAAAAUAUUACAAUAACCAUUUACACAAUACACAAGUUAGAGGAUAUAUUCAGAAAGAAAAAAAAAAACGGUGAAGGAGAAAAAACAGAAAAUAUUCAACGAAAUGAGAGAAAAUGACAAAAAGUAUUUUAGGACGAUGAACAGAGAAAAGUACCUCGCUAUUUUUCGUAAGAAGAAGUGUGGAGAAGUAAGGAAAAAAAUACACUAAAUAACAAAUUUGUAGAUUGUGUCAAUAUUUUUAUUUCUGAUUUUGAAAGAAUUUCUGUUUGGCAAAAUAUUUUCUCAUGAUGACGGAAAAAAAGGAAUUUAACGAAGUAAAAAGAAUUUUCAGACAAUAAUUCACACCAUAAAGUCAAUACAGAAAUGAUUUUUUUUGCGCAAGAAAACUUGUGUUUGUCAAUUUUUUUCAACAAAAAAAAAAUUCGCCAAUAUUCUUAGAUAAACUUUAAGAAACAGUAAAAGAAAAACCAUGCAGAAAAACAGCGCUCAAAACAUUAUUUUCUCUCUUUCGUCAAAAGUGGAAUAAAAAAGAAACUUCUUAUUGAAAUUAUAUAAAAAGCUUCGAGAAGUAAAAAAUUGAGAGAAACGAAAUACGGAAAAAAUACUUAAUAAUUAUACACACAAUUAUAAAGACUGCUCAAUAUAUUUAAACUCUUAAAAAAGAAGAAGAAGAAGAAAAAACGGAAGAAAUAUUGUAAUAAAAAGUGUAGAAAUGAGAAAAAGAAGCUUCACUAGAAGGACAAGAAAUCGUUGCCAAGUUUAGGAAUUAAUUUCGCACAUUGAAUUUAUCGAGGAAAAUCUGGUCAAUUUUCCUCCACAGCCAGAAAUUUUUACAUCCAUUGAUUACACAAACUUUGUAAUCCAAUUUCUGUAGCUGCACAAAAACUCUCGGUGAUUUUUCUGUUGACUUUUCGCCAAAAACAAAGUCAGAAAACACCUCAGAAAGUGGUCAUUUUGAGGUGCGCGCGCAUGCUUUUCGCGUGAAAACUCUACGAAAAAUCACCCGAAAUUUAGUCAUUUUUUUUAUUUAAAGAAUUUGUAAAUUAUUUUCUAUAGGUGAAAUUAGUUGAAUCGCGAAGGAGAAUUCUCAAGUAGAGCGUAAGAAGUUGAUGAUAAUCCCAAGAAAAAGGUCCUAGAGAAGAAUGCAUAACAAAAAACCCUUAACUUGAAAACCAAAUUUACCAAGGAAAAAAAAAACACGGAGAAACGAAAAAAGUGCCAAGCGCUAAAUAGGUUGUAGUUUAAUAAAUUCAUACUCAUUAAUUUAAAAAAAAAA